AUGGCCUCCAAGAAGAACCAACAGGAGAUGGUCCAGGUCGAUCGUUCUGGAUCGGCAUCACCCUUCUGGAAAUCGUCUAACGCGAGCGCCUCCAAAGAGUACGAGAGCAAAAAGAUCAUAGGCGCUUCAUACUCUCACGCCGAUAUACUCAAAUUCGACUCCUUGUCCGGCACCAAUAGAUCACAUCCGAAGACACCGCCGGUAUCCAACUCUCGUGAAUCUAGUGCCCCGCCUUCAAGUAAACCCUCGAGUCGUCUAUCACCCCCGCCCCAAAAACGAUAUACAUCCUUCUUACAGUACACGAACAAUGAUUGGGACGCAGAAGGAGAGGACAAUGAUGAUGACGAAGAAGAGGACUUCGUGCUGGAGGAUGAUGACGAAGAUGAGUUUGGGCUCCCAAGUAUAGCAAGCAUGCGGCGCAAAGGCAAAAGAAAACCUCCGGACACUCCCGCAAAUGAUCAAGGGCAGUCUAUAGAUCCUCAUAGUGGAACGGUGUCCCUCUGGCGCGUUGACACAGGUGACAUUGCUGAAGAAAGAGGCAUCCCGAAUUAUCCAGUAGCAAAAAAGAGCGAAGGAAAGAUACUACGCCCCCAGUAUCAAGAGAUACUCCGAGACCCAGCCAACUCGCUACAUCUGAUCGAUCACCCUACUGUCCACCCUGAUGCCAGCUCCAAAGAAAAGGAAGCGCAUUCCGCGCGCCUGGGCCGAAUCAACAAGUUCAAGCGUAUACUGCAGUCAAGUACGAUCUCCUUGGCCGAACUGCGCGAUUGCGCAUGGUCAGGAGUUCCUGAAGAGGUGCGCGCCAUGUCGUGGCAGAUCUUGUUGGGUUAUCUACCUACGAGUAGCGAGCGACGUGUCACAGCUUUAGACAGAAAGAGGAAAGAGUACUUGGAGGGUGUACGUCAAGCUUUCGAAAAGGGGACUGCAACUGGACAGUCGUCUGCAGCUGCAAGCAACCGGGGCAGGGGGAGAGGCUUGGAUGAAGCGAUCUGGCACCAGAUUAGCAUUGACGUUCCCCGAACAAACCCGCAUCUUGAGUUAUACGGCUACGAAGCAACGCAAAGAUCUCUAGAGCGCAUCCUGUACGUAUGGGCAAUUCGACACCCCGCGAGCGGUUAUGUACAGGGCAUAAACGAUCUCGUGACACCAUUCUGGCAAGUCUUUCUUGGAAUGUACAUAACCGACCCUGAUAUAGAGUUCGGCAUGGAUCCGGGGCAAUUACCAAAGCCUGUCCUCGAUGCAGUAGAGGCAGAUACGUUCUGGUGUCUUACCAAGCUUCUAGACGGCAUACAAGACAAUUACAUAUACGCGCAACCUGGCAUACAACGGCAGGUUGCAAGCUUACGCGACCUAACGGCGAGAAUCGAUGCUAAGCUGGCAAAGCACCUGGAAAACGAAGGCGUAGAGUUCAUCCAGUUUAGUUUUCGAUGGAUGAACUGUCUUUUGAUGCGGGAGAUUUCCGUCAAGAGCACUAUCAGGAUGUGGGACACGUACCUGGUGUGUUAUGACCCACAACGCAGCGAUAAAGAUGGUACUAACUUUGUUCACCAGGCGGAAGAUCACGGUUUCUCGGACUUUCAUCUAUAUGUCUGUGCGGCCUUCCUUGCAAAAUGGUCCGAACAGCUUCUCAAGAUGGACUUUCAAGGCAUUAUGAUGUUUCUGCAAGCUUUACCGACACGGGAGUGGACCGGGAAGGACAUCGAGCUUUUACUCAGCGAAGCCUUCAUAUGGAAGAGUCUCUUUGGGGGUAGUGCUGCGCAUUUGAGGAACGAUCGCCAGGGUAGCUCAACAUUUGGAGUAGGCAUGGGUCCUGACAGAUGA